AUGGGGAUAUCGAUAUCGCACGUCCCUAACGCGACAUACGCGGAGCUGGUCAUCAACCACGUGAAGGCUGAGGACGAGGGCGUCUACCGAUGCGAGAUCACCUAUCUUCACGUUGGCGAGGACUGCAAUACUGUCCAGGUCACCGACUUCCACACUUACAUAAAACCAAAGUCGGUGGAGGUGACAGUGGGUGACCGACAGCUGCAAGACGGGUCAGUCCUCCAGGACCUCUACGAGAGAGCCAAGGUCGAGGUCACGUGCACCGUGGUGGAAGGGAAACCGCAACCGGAGGUCGCCUGGUUCAAGAAUGGAAAGAAGAUUGAUGCCCAAGAGAAGACCAACUCGACCACGGUGCAGCGCAUCGCGUCUCUGACCAUCACGCGAGCGGAGCUGGGAGGCGAGCUCAAGUGUGUGGUGUCCUCCGCGGCGCUCGACGAGCCCAUCGUGAAGAAAAUCGCGCUGGAUGUUAAAGUGCCUCCUAACAAGACGUUCAUCAAAGGCGUCGGUGAGCACGCCACCCAAGGGACCCUUCUGACGCUGGUGUGCACCGCCUCUGGUGCCAGGCCUGCAGCGGAGAUACAGUGGUUCAACGGGACCGACAAGAUGGACAGACAGCAGUACAACAUCAAUCAACGAGCAGUGGAAUUGAGCGACACGACCUUCGAAACCACAUCCAACUUGACCUUCGAGGCGACGAAGUACGAAAACCGGCAGAAGUUCCACUGUGAAGCGUCCAACGAGGUGACCGAAAGGACGCACGACCACCCCAUGCACGCUACUAGGGAGCUGGAAAUAUACUAUUCCCCCAUAGUACGAGUGGAGCCGAAAAACAUCACAGUGGUGGAAGGAAAGAAGGUGCUGCUGAAAUGCGACUAUGAGAGCAACCCUUCAUCCCUGAACACUGUCAUUUGGUACCGCAACGGCGAGCGAGUCUCCGUCAAUGACACGAGCCACUACGACGGCGGCACCACCGACCAGCACUCGCUGAUCAUUCGCGACGCGCGGGGCGGGGACAUGGGCAACUACACCUGCCUCCUGGCCAACUCCGUGGGGAAUGGAUCGAGCCAUGAGAGCAUACACGUCAACGUGCUGUACAAACCCCAAGUGCGCCUCACCAUGAGCUCCCAAAGCCCGAUUCUGGAGACGGACCACAAGAACGUGACGCUGACGUGCGAGGUGGAGACGGGGAACCCUCCGCUGCUGGACGAGGUCAUCUGGUACCUGGACGGGGAGGUGUUGAAGCAUCUGCCCGAGUGCAACGGGACUGAUGGAGAUGAAAACCUAUGCAACGAAGUGGACCCCUCGAUGCUGCUCCUGCAAGACACCACGAAGAGCUUCCACGGGAAUUACUCCUGCAAGGGCAAGAACUAUGCUGGCUGGGGCAACGAGAGCAGCAAGACCGAGCUGGUUGUUAACUACCCGCCCGGGCCGGCGAAGCUGACAUACUCCCCGUGGCGAGUGGUGAAGGGAAAGAGCCUCGUACUGAGCUGUAGUAUCAAGGAGAAGGGACGGCCGGAAGUUCAUAGGUUCCGUUGGCACCGUGGCGGCAGGCCAGUGCCCGACAUAGUUUCCCAGAACUGGACGAUCGAUCCAGUGACCUUAGACCACAGAACCACCUUCUCCUGUCGAGGGUCCAACGCCGGAGGAGAGGGGGAGCUGGCCUCUGUGGCUAUUGAUGUUUUAGCUCCACCAAGCUUCAAGUACGCAAUGAACCAUUACAGCGGGGCAUUGUACAAAUCACAGAAUAUAUCGCUCUCCUGCACCGUAGAAUGUGCGCCGCUCUGCAGCGUGCAGUGGCUCAAAGACGGGCAGGUCAUCGAUGAGAAGAACGACCGCUACUACGUGGUCACCAGGAAGAUUGAGCCGCAAGUCAAUAGGAACGAUUUUGAGGCUACGGAGUCUACUUUGCACUGGAACAUGUCAGCGUGGCCUGGGCGAGUGCUGGACCGGGCGGCCGACACCGCGCGCUACACGUGCCGCUCGUCCCGCAACGACGCCGGGCCCCCUGUUAAUAGCACCACCAAGUUUGCUGUGGAAUAUGAACCAGAAAACAUUACAGUUUCACCGAAGGUUGUGUCAGUCAUCGAAAACGAGAUACCAGCUAAAGUCGUGUGCUCUGCGAGAGGAUUCCCCAUGCCAAGUUUCUCCUGGCGGCGGGAGCAUUCCAGCAAGAGUGCUGCGAGGGAGCACACCAACAACUCGCUCAUACUGUCCUCCUCUAACACCCUCCUGCUAGGCCCCGUGCAGAGGAAGGACGGCGGCCAUUACGUCUGCGAGGCGUAUAACAGACACGGAUCAGUCAAUACUACUGUGUUUUUGGAUGUUAUGUAUGUUCCUGCAUGUGGAAUUAAGAAAACUACAAUCAAUGGCGACCCAGUUUUGGUUUGCACGGCACAUGCUAAUCCAUCAGAGGUCUCAUUCGUCUGGAAGCUGGAAAACGACAACGACAGUCUGACGUACGAGGAGAUACGUCAGUCAGGCUCCCAGAGUUUCCUCAAGCUAAGCACGAGCGUCGACGUCUACAGGACGUAUCUGUGCUACGCCAACAACACCGUCGGCAUGACGAGAUGCGAGAUGGACGUGCCAGGCAUCGUCCCGUGGUGGCGCGACCAACACAAGCUGAUCCUGAUCGGAGGCAUCGCGCUGGCGGUACUCGUGAUCACCGUGAUCCUGUGCAUCAUCAUCAUCUGCGUCUGUCGGCGGAUGCGAGCCAAAUCCAAAUACAAUAACCCGGUGGAACUCGAAGAGAGGGAAAAUCCGGAUGGUAGCUGUAUAAACGAGGUGUCGAUAGCUCAGUCAAUUAUAUCACAAGCUUUGCCUGCUUUAUCACCACGAUUAAACCUAUCGUUCAGUCCUAAGUCUUCAGACAGGACUAGAUUAGUCGACUCCAGCUACCCACACAGCCUAGAAAUGAAUAAAUUCAAAGAACAACCGGUAACAAGCAGCUUGCAAGCAAACCUAUCACAACUGGAAGCCACUAUAAAAUCCAGUGAAGAAAAUGAAACUGCACAAACUCCCAAAACUGAACCAAAAGUUGAAGGAAAUAAAGCACAAACUGUAGUGACGCCUAGCAAAUGGCCUGUGAAGCCUGGAGUUCUGGUUCAUGUAAAUUCAAACCACACGCUUAGCCCUAAAAAUCAAGCUAGACUGCAAACUGUAAAUAACAAUAAUAAUAAUCAAAAUAAGGAUGCUGAAGAAGCUAAUUUGGGACUUCUUGAAAGGAAAAAUACUAAAGAAGAAGAAAAGACACCGCCUAAAUCGGAGUAUUCAAAGAAAAAUGGUAAGCCAAGGAGACACACACAAAACGUUGUAUCUGGCCUUCUUAAGAAUUUCAGAAGGAAAAGCGACGAUUCCGACGACAGUGGAAAAUAUAAGAAAAUCAAUAAAUCCAACAAAAGAGCCGUAUCUUUAAUGAAUUUGAACAAAACAGGCUAUAGUGUACCAAAGAGUAGACUUAGGUCAUUAUUUCAAAGUGACACACCGAAUGUUAUUGUAACAGAAGGAGUGGUAUCAUUUAAAAGGCCUGACCGAAUUGCGACCAGUGCUAGAAUAAAACCUUUUAACGAUCAAACGUCUUCGAAGAAUACUAGGAAGCGAAAAAAGCCGGGCGACGACAGCCCACCUACGAAUGGCGUAGAUAAUGCUGUGAACGGAACCCUUGGAGCGGACAACCCGGGACUCUACGAGAACCUGCCGUUCCAUGGCCUACAGCAACCUCCAAAUAAGCCCGUACAAGCGAUACAGCCAAGGGUCAUCGACAUGAACCAAAGAACUGCGAAAGGAAUCGAAACUCUGCAAAAACAACUGACAACUAACCCUUCAUUCACGCCAAGACUGGUCUGCCCCCCGUUUAUGCAGAACUCAAUGCCGUAUCCCAUGACAUCCCCUUCGAACUCGCAAUACCCAGCAUUUGGUAUACCAGUAUUGUCACCUAUACAGCAAAUGUACCCUCUACACCAAACUGUAUUACUGAACCCAUACCUGCCUCCGAUGCAAACGUCAUUUCUAAAGCAAUUUCCGACGAUUGAUGAAGAAAUAUCUGAUGGAGAUAACACUAGGAAGUUUUCGUCAUUGAAUACUAGAAAUAUUCAUAGAAAACCACCGCAAUUUCAAUCGAUGAGAGUCGUUAGGAAACGAAAUAUUGAAAGGUUUUAUCCUAACACAGAGUAUGGGGAGAAUUUCACUGAAAUUAACAAUAACAAAGAUAGUCAAGGUGAUUCAGAUAAUGAUAAUAUAGUUUUUAACCAAGACAUAAUAUACGCUAACUUUCCUUCACUAUUGAAGAUCAAAUCGAAUGUAAGCGGGGUUGAGCAAUUCGAAAAUUUGACUGACUCUAUACAAGUGUGCGAAGAAAGCAAAGAACAGAUAAAUCUAUCUACGAAUUCUUUGAAUAGACCAGUGCCUGCUCCUAGAACGAAAAUAUCUCCAUUAAGCUCCCCAGCCAAAUCUGAUCACGUAUACGUCAAUCUAUCAAUGCCACUAAUAAGCACAAAGUUCUCAAAGUCCUUCGAUACAGUUGACGCCCCAGUCAGAUCUUCUAAAUCCGCUGAAGAUAUUUCAAAACUUAAACCUCCUAGAAAAGACAAAACAAUCCCAGAAUCAAGACUGAACAAAAGUGAUGGGGAUAAGAAACUUGAAGACGAUAGUGAUGAAGAGAAAGAUGAUGAAAAACCAGACUUUGUCAAACCAAAUAUAAUCGGUGCUACUCCUAAGAGAAAUUUGUCGAUAACUCUGCCAUCGACUUCGUUAGUGAAAUCAGUAGUUAGUCAAUUGAAUGAUCAAGCUGGUAUAAACAAAGUGGGGUUGCCAAAGAAGCAAGUGAUAGCGCCAAAUAAGACUUUACAAAUACCAAAACUGGCUGAAAAGCCUAUACCAAAGAGGUCGAUCGUGCGACGGAGCAAUUCAGUACAAAGUGCUUUAACUAGUUUAGAAAACGGUCAGAAUACUAACAUACUACAACAGCAGUACAUGCAAAAACGCAACCAUUUUACUAACCUAAGCUCGAAAGGGAAAAAUAAGAAAAACUUCCAAAUACCACUUCAGAAGCAUCACAGUUUUUGUUACUUUCAGCCUAUAAGAGUAGAUAAGAGAAUUCCUGUAGACCAGGAGAGGUCGUACAAUAACACGAUAGGACCACUGAUAUACCAACAGCCUGCAGACACUCAGUACUACACCAAAACAUUGAACAGAAGUAGAGAGAAGAACAACCAGAAACUGAAUCGUCUAAAAAAAUCAGAGAGCCUUAGAGAAAAACUGUCCUGUGUUGGUGUUUAUGACAACUACGAGAAACCGGACUACCCAGAGCCCGAGUACAAUGAAUCAGAGAGAAGAUCGUAUUUGCAACUCCUCAAAGGCAACUACAUAUCAAAUUCCACUAGAAACCUAGGUCCUGAGCACAAUUUCAGUCCGAACUACAACACAGUCGGUCCUAAGGAAGACAAACCUAAACAUAAGAAAUUAGUGUAUGCAGAUUUAGCUUUAGGCAAUCAUAAUUUGAAGUUUAAGAACACAGUCAAUUCUAAUAGACAUUUAUAUGAUACGUACACUAUAGGUAGCGAUAGCUGUAGCAAAGAAACUAACAGUAGUUAUAAGGGUAGCGCGUCCAAUCAAAGAAAGGGGAACCACAGUCAGCAAAGGAGUGACUACGCCACACUCAAAUUCAACGAGAUCGAUGUCUGAGAGCCCUUCAGACCCGACGACCAGUUCAUAUACGCCGACGCCGACAUGAAAGACUACGGGCCGAUCAACUACAAAGCCGCGUCCAUCUACGCA